AAGAAUCAAAAUGAUUCCAGUACCACACUAUAUAGCAAAGCCAAAAGCAGCUGAGAGAUUUUCAUUUGCUUUUGCUUUUGCUGGGAGAGACAAAAACCAUGGAGCUGAUGAAGCUAAUUACAGUAACUGUCUCUUUGUUCAUCUCAGUAACUGUCAUAACUGCCGACUACGUUCGACCUCAGCCUCGCAAAACUUUGCAUUUCCAGUUGAACCCUAAGCCUUCCUUUUAUCCUCAGCAGGUGCACAUAUCUUUGGCUGGAGAUGAGAGCAUGCGAGUGACAUGGGUCACUGAUGAUGAUUCUUCUCCUUCAGUUGUUGAGUAUGGGACAUUGCCCGGGAGAUACAGUUCUGUUGCUCAAGGAGAAAGUACCUCUUAUAAUUAUCUAUUCUAUAGCUCAGGGAAGAUACACCACACUGUCAUUGGGCCUCUGGAACAUGACACAGUUUACUUUUACCGAUGUGGAGGACAAGGUCCUGAGUUCCAACUCAAGACCCCUCCAGCUCAAUUUCCAGUUACUUUUGCUGUGGUAGGGGAUCUGGGUCAAACUGGCUGGACCAAAUCAACACUAGACCACAUUGACCAGUGCAAGUAUGAUGUGCAUCUGCUUCCUGGAGACCUCUCAUAUGCUGAUUACAUGCAGCAUCGGUGGGACACAUUUGGUGAGCUGGUGCAGCCCCUAGCAAGUGCAAAGCCAUGGAUGGUUACAGAAGGGAACCAUGAACAGGAAAACAUACCAUUGUUAAAGGAUGGGUUUGAAUCCUAUAAUGCUAGAUGGAAGAUGCCUUUUGAGGAGAGUGGAUCUAGUUCGAAUCUUUAUUAUUCUUUUGAAGUUGCAGGUGUUCAUAUUAUCAUGCUUGGUUCAUACACAGAUUAUGACGAGCAGUCGGAUCAAUUCAGUUGGCUGAAGGCUGAUCUUUCAAAGGUGGACCGGACAAAGACACCAUGGCUGCUUGUUCUAUUCCAUGUUCCUUGGUAUAACAGUAACAAGGCUCAUAAAGGUGAAGGUGAUGGCAUGAUGGCAGCCAUGGAAUCCUUGCUUUAUGCUGCCAGUGUGGAUAUGGUACUUGCUGGUCAUGUACACGCAUAUGAACGCUCGAAACGUGUCAAUAAUGGAAGACCUGAUCCUUGUGGUGCUGUCCACAUUACCAUUGGUGAUGGUGGAAACAGAGAAGGUUUAGCUCAUGGGUAUAUAAACCCACAGCCUGAAUGGUCAGUCUUUCGUGAAGCAAGUUUUGGUCAUGGUGAACUCAAGAUUGUGAAUUCAACUCAUGCCUUCUGGAGCUGGCAUAGGAAUGAUGACGACGAGCCUGUAAGGUCUGAUCAGGUCUGGAUAACAUCGUUGGUCAAUUCAGGAUGUGUUUCUGAGAAGAAAAAUGAACUGAGGGAUAUACUUAUGGCACCUUAGAACUUGUAAUCUGUGUACUGUUGGCUUCACCAGAUUAGGGAAUGCCGCCCGCCGCGGGGGGGGGGGGGGGGGGGGGGUGGGUUGGUUGGUGAGUUUCUCUUGUUAAAGAGUCACUGUAAAUAUUGCGUAAUACAAUGUUACUAGUUUUGUUAAGACCGGUAGUUGCUGGUUAAAUAAUUGGAACACUGUCGUCUUGUCUGCGUGAUUCUUCUUAUGUGUGUUUGUGUGUUUCAAGGGCUGAGACUACAUUCACCGAAUCCAAGCAGCCACAGUCUUGUUUGUAUUUUACCAGUAACUCAUAUUGAUUGUAUAUUGACUGCAAUCUAUUGCCAUGUAUAUCAUAGAGGUCAAUUUCAAGGUUA